AUGGCGAGACUUAAUAAGCGCAAAUUAAGCUCUUCACCCGCUGUAAAGACGGCAAAAGCUUUCAAGUAUGUAAAGGAAGCGGUUAAACAAGAACAACGUAGUGCCAAGAGCAGCAACAAGGCGCAACUUUUUGACUCUGAAGAAGAAGAAGAAGAGAAGGACAGUGAAGAAGAAGGACCUGAAGCAGAUGACGGGUUUUCAGACGUCAACAAGAAGUGGCUGAAGCUGAAGAAGAGCACAGACAAAGAGGUGUUACAGGCUCAAGAAGCUGAUGAAGAAAUGCGGCUAAAUAUUGCAAACAAUGAGCCAUACCAUCUUCCAACUGAGGAGGAGCUAGCAGAGGAAGGUGAAGGUGACAACGACAUGUCGGACCCUGCUGAUGUUUAUCAGCGUAUUAAAGAUGUGGUAGAAGUUCUGUCACAAUUUAGUGCACGUCGUGAGCCUGGUCGUUCUCGUGUGGACUAUAUGGAAUCACUGGCUAAGGAUUUGGCUGGAUACUUUGGCUACAACCGUGAGCUCAUUGACAUGUUCCUGAAGAUGUUCUCGCCUGCAGAGUGUGUUGAGUUUGUAGAGGCCAAUGAACAACCACGUCCUCUGGUUAUCCGUACCAAUACGUUGAAGGCACGUCGUCGUGAUCUCGCACAGGCACUUAUCCAACGUGGUGUGAAUCUUGACCCUCUCGCCAAGUGGUCGAAAGUGGGUCUGAAGAUUUACGAUUCACCUGUACCUAUUGGUGCUACGCCCGAGUACUUGGCGGGUCACUAUAUGCUACAGUCGGCAUCGUCGAUCUGUGCUGUGAUGGCGCUUGCUCCGCAGAUGAACGAGCGCAUACUGGAUUUGGCUUGCGCUCCUGGCGGUAAGACCACGUACAUUGCCCAAUUGAUGAAGAACACGGGCUCUAUUAUUGCUAAUGAUCUGAAGAAGCAACGUUUGAAGGCGACGGUUGCGAACCUUCACCGUCUUGGCGUGAAAAACACAUCGGUGUCGUGUUACGAUGGCCGCAAGAUCCCGUCACUAUUUAAGGGCUUUGACCGUGUGUUGCUGGAUGCUCCAUGCACAGGAAUGGGUGUUAUUGCUCGUGACCCGUCCAUCAAGACGCAGAAGGGUGAGAAGGACGUGCAACGUCUCGCUCAUUUGCAAAAGGAGUUGCUUCUAGCUGCCAUUGAUGCCGUUGAUGCCAAGUCGAAGACAGGUGGAUACAUCCUCUACUCGACAUGUUCCGUCAUGGUUGAUGAGAACGAGUCAGUUGUUGACUACGCUCUGCGCAAGCGAUGCGUAAAGCUUGUGGAAACUGGACUGGACCACGGCAAGCCGGGUUUUACCCGCUACCAGCAGCAGCGUUUCCACCCGUCGGUGCAGCUCACUCGCCGAUUCUACCCACACGUGCACAACAUGGAUGGUUUCUACGUUGCUAAGUUCAAGAAAUACGCGAAUAUAAUGCCCUCAGAGGAGAAGGAUGCAAAGAAGACAGCUGAUGAACUUGAUGAGGAGGCUGACGAGGCAAACAUGACGAAGAAGCAGCGUGUGAAGGCCAAGAAAGAACGCAAGCAGGCGGCUGAGGAUGUUGAGGCUGAGGUCGUCCAGGAAGACCAGAGUGAUGUCGAGGAAGAGGAGACGAAACGACCGGCGAAGAAGCCGAAACAGGAGAUCAAGACCGACAAGAUCAAGCAGCACAAUGUCAAAGGCAAGAAGCACGGUGGCAAAGGCAAGAAGCCGGGAUGGCCGCGCAAGAAUUAG